AUGGAAGGCUGCACAGAAAACAUUAGAUUAGAGUCAUCAGAUAAAGAAAUAGUUGAAUUCAAAAGAGAGUUCGCAUAGAUGUCAAAUCUUAUCAAGAAUAUGACUGAGGAUAAUCCAGACUACAACGAGACUAUUCCUUUGGACUAAUAUAAUACUGCAUCAUUGAAUCUGGUGAAAUAGUUUUGUGAACUUGCAGAAUAUUAGAAUAAAGAUUUUGUUGAUAAGCCUAUUUAUGAUAUCAAGAAGCCAGUCUUCAAGAACGAAUGGGAGAAGACAUUCUUUGAUGGAUUGAGCUUUGAUUAACUAACAGAUUUGGCGCAUGUUGCUAAUUAUCUCGACAUUGAGAAGCUAAUAGAUGGAUGCUGUGCUUAGAUAGCUAUCUUAUUGAAGAAAAAUACCCAAUAGCAACUAGAGAGUGAACUAGGUGUAUCUCUGACUAUGACUAGAGAGGAAGAGGAGUAACUAAAGGAGCAAUAUAAGGAUGUUUUCAAGGAUGAAAAUAGAUAUAGAAAGUGGAAGGAAGAAGUCUUUGAUCCUUAACAAAAGUGA